GGUCGAGGAGCCAGAGCGAGCGUGGCGGUCCACCGUGCAACAUCCCAUCCUGUUCGUGUUCUUCUCCCUCAGAAAAAAAAUUCGAUCAUCACUAAAACAUAGUUUUAAAAUUGAAUUACAACAAUAUUAGGGGUUAAGCGUGACACAUAAAUUGUUAAGUAAUGGAGAUAAUGGGAGUUUAUUGAGGGGUAGAGCAUCAGUGAAUUUUUGAAAUUCAACUGUGACAAAAAGCAUUGAGCAGGAUCAGUGAAGGGAUUGGGAGUAAGAAAAAAGGGGGGACCGGUUUGAUGUACUAGUGUGUGAUUGCACUCGAUUAACGCUUUCUACGCCGAAUCCUGCAACGAAGAGCGUUCCAUCGAUCGGGCCCAAGAGUAAAGGAAGGAAGGAAGGAGAGGCGGCUUUUAGAGCAGUACGAACUUUCCACCCCCUGCGCAUACGCCUGUUGUAGGAGUUGUCCCACUCCAGUGUAUGUGUGUGUGUGUGUAUUUUUUUUUUUGGAGUAUAGUAGAGCGGGAUGCUGUGGACGAGUACGAGUCACCGCGUGCUGGGGUCAACGAGCCGAUAAAACAAGAUCCUGAGAUAUUAUUGCUCCUUCGUCAAUAGAGGGAUUGAAAUGACAAUUGUGUGCGGUACGUGUCUUCUCUGGGAGCGGGGGAUUCAACCGCAUUUCCAUUUCGCAUGUAAAUAGAAGGAUUUUGAAUUAUUCUGUUUGUGCUUGGUGGAAAACAUUUGGGGGUGAACGAGCGCAAACAGACUGGCGAGAGCGAGAUUCAAUGAAAAAUUCAUUUUUUCAUUGUUUUGCAUAUCAGGGAGGUUUGCCGACAUCCCACGAAUGAUGAAAAGAUGCCUCCACCGUGAGAGCCAAUCGCAUCGAUAAAAGGAAAAAUAAAAAAAAGGGGAAAAAAAAAGUUCUCAAAAGAGUUUUUCAGUUUGAACGAACACGAGACGACGAUCGAAGGGGACAAGGGGGGGAAAAAAAGUGGUGUCUGCUCAACGAUAAUACAUGGAACGUCGGCUUGACUGCGCUCACAACGUCGGUGUCGACACCCGACGUUCUCGCUCAACGAUUCAAAACUUUUAACAAAGGAUUUAUCAAUAUUUUCUAUUUAAAUAAAACCAAAAUCCAUUCAUCAUGUCAAUGACCGGUAGUCUAAUGGGUUAUGAGAACAACAACGAUGUUAAUCAGAUUAAAUGCAAAAAGCCACUAAAAACACUGCCUUCAGUGGCCACUAGCAAUUCGGGCAAUGUUGCAGUAGUUACAUCAGCGACAACCGCAACAACAACCACAAUCAGCAAUUCCAUCGGUGGUAAAUCUAGGAAAUAUACAAAGACUGAUAGAAGAAGAGAAUCCUGUAAUCGUGGCCAUGCCAAUGGAUUAUGGUCUGUUUGGUAUGGAAUUCUCGCUGUCACGCUGCAGGCGUAUGUGGCCACCAGAUGUGCUAAAAGAUUCGUCGCGUAUUUAUCGCUACCGUGGCCGGCGGAGGCACAGCCACCUAAAGUCGAACUACAUGCCUGUAUAGUGCUGACAGGAACGGGUGUACUGCUUCUACCAAUUCUCGUUGCUGCUGCCUUUCUAAAGCUCGGUAAUCUGGCAAACGAUGGUGUUAAACUUGGAAGGCACACCAGCACCUGCACCCGCGAUCCACCGUCCUCGCUGCUGUCAGAUGGACCGGAGGGAGCGGGCUUGGCGAGUAAUUUAUGGAAACACGGUGGCCCAACAGCGGCCUUCGUGCAUCUCUGCACGGCCAUGUGCUUUCUUUUACCCUCGUUACUCAUGGAAGCUAGACUGAUACACGCUGGAUUUUUGCCAAAAGAUGCAAUUUGGCGAACGGAUCUCGAUUUCGUUGUGGUACACCGGGACCGAUUGGUUUUUCUAAGUUUCAUGAAUCCCCCUGGGAAUUUAACGAGCCUGACAAACAUUCAAUCACACACAACGACCUCAGCGCCGUACGAUCAAUUCGAUGAUCUGCCAUGGAGUUCUGGUACACCGAAUUUUAAUGGAAUGGAGUCUCUAGCCCACGAGACACUACCACCAAUAACCAAUACCCCUGAAACACAAUCCAAUUCUCAGUUUCCAAUCACAUUUCCAUCGUUCGAAGUAACAGGCCAAAAAGAGGAUGAUAAUCCAACUGAUUCACCUCAUUUUACCGUAUCGCCAGGGAAAAUUACGGAUUCAACAUUAACGGUUUCACCCACCAAGUUGAUUAAAUCUCCCAGUGCGACACCGAGUCCAUUUAGCGUUGCAAAGCGAGCUAAUAAUGGCAAAAUCCUGAUGGGUAAGGGAGGAAAUGGAAAGGCCAGAGUAAAAACGAAAAAAACAGGAGGUAGACCGAGCACCACUACCACUAUGGAAUCACACAGAGAUAAUAUGACUGGAUAUUCGUUACCGCUGGAGAUGAAAAGUCUGGCGGAUCUCGAUCAUCCGGAACACCUCAAUGUGGACAUUAACGAAGAUGUUGAUUAUCGAUCCAUGGAACAUGCCAUGAGUCUCGAGUACUUAAAUUAUGCAAUGGCCCUGGGUGUCUACUCGGUGCGUUAUCCCGCUGUCUUUUGGUCCUGCAAUAAAGUCUUGGGGACGAUAUUCUCAAUCCAACUGGUCGUCAAUUCAGCCCAGAGUUUAAUGGCUUAUGCUGGUAUGUCGAUUCUCUACAAAGUACAGGUUGUUGGACCGCAGAAAGCUCUCCCUCUCAUGCGACAUAGAACAGUACAUCCAACUCCAGUUCCAUCAAGCAGUGCACAGAGAGUCAUAUCAAACUUAUUCGGUGACAAUAGCCAUUUUCUGCUCAAUCCACAUGUCACUCUUGCUCUGUUUACACUGUCUUCGUUGUUGGUAUUGUGCUCGAGCAUGGUUACCUAUCUCUAUGCUUACGGAAGAUUUUCAUCCUUCUUGGAGCAAGAGCGUGAGAGGCGUGUGAUUAUGUCAAAGGAAACACGUAGAAAUGGCUCUGGAUGGACAUAUUUUACACAUUGCGCUGCAUUAUGUGUCUUCCUGGCAAUAGCAAUUUGCAAUGCUCCACUACUUUACGAUUACACUGUUGUGUAUCGUGGUAGUCUCGACGGUGCAAUAUUGGCGUGUAUUCUCAGUACAGUCGUACAUCUACUACUCUGGCUCGUUUUAUGGUUCUUUCUAACUAUCAAACGAAAUUGGAUAUUCAAAGUGAGAGUUACGAUAGCCAGGGCAACAGUCAGAUCAGCGAGAUCAGUCAAACUCGUCACGGAUGUUGAUUUAUUGGCGUGCAGAACCAAGAACGAUAACGGAGAGGAUGACGAGGAUGACGAGGAACCGGAUAUCGAUCAGGAGGGUGUAGGCACCCCUUUAUUGGUCGUUGGGGAUGGAAAAACUUAUAGCAUUGCCGAGGCCUCUCCCAAGAGGGCUAUAAUGACUGUCAUUCAGAGAGCCGUUAUGGAGCGUAAAGCAAGGAGGAAUCAAGGUGGCAAUGUUAAUCGAAAUGAGGCAGAGCCUACCGCAAACGAGGACGAACAAAUUUACUGGCUUCGUCCAAAACUGCGCCCCUCACCAGCCCAGUCACCCAGUGGCAAUGGAACUGCUGGCACUUUGGACAAGAGCUGGCUCAAUAAGAAACUUCGACCUAAAGUGACAUUUAACGACCUGCCUAGUACGUCUGGCCCGCGCAAUAAGGGAAAAAGAAGAGGUACCGAGGGUGGACCGGAGGACGACGGUGAUUAUGCCACAUUACGUGAAUUACCGUUGAUGACUGCUAUUGACACCGCUGAUGAUUCCACAUCCGAAGAAAAUAAGCUUCUGGAGUGUGUUAACGAUGAUCAAAUAACGUACUACGCAAAUGGCAAUCGUGAUCUUCAGCCAUCGGAGGGAGAUCCUUCGCCUCUGCUGACACCCGAACCUUUACCUGAUCCUAAUGUCGCUGAUCUACCAGCACCACUAACUAAUACACCUAUUGGGACUGUCGAUGUGGUUGAUGAUGGGGCUGCUUCAUCAACCAGUCCAAAUCCUACUAACUCUCUCCUUCCCCAACAGCCGACUGGAUACACCCCUCGUUGCUUGCGCCGUGGCGACUCCGGGAUGCCCCAAGAGGAGUUAACCCCUCGUUCCGACUCGUCCAAUUCCCCACCAACCCUCGAUACCAUCCCGCCAGUUGUAAGUUUAACUUACGCCUCAGAAUCCGUUUCAACGAAUCGCAGCAACACGAGUAGCAACAGUGAAACAUCCAGUGGUGUCCACUCAAACGUCAGCAAUGUCUCCCACAUGUCAGCAGGCUCUCAUCAACGUCGUGCAACGAGCGUAGACGAUCUCAGUGGUAUUCCAGAUGGUCCAGGGGACUUCUCCGGCGUCAGGGAUGAAAAUCAUUGGCGUAGUUGUUCACUCCAACGUGGUAUUCAACCUCCAACAUCGAGAAAUAAGGACUUUAUCGCUACUGUAGCCCAAAAUGGUAUAGUAGCGACUUGUCAACCAUUCUCCCAGUAUCGCAACGGCGAUAGCAAAGUAGUUCCAUCCCAACCACCGGGAUGUCCUGCCAUCAUCCUCGAGAACGCGAAUGAGGCGACAGUAGUGAUUCGCAGAAGAUUGUCACGACCAAAAGUAACGGAGCCACUUAAUCCCAAUGAUCCUGAGCCAUUUUCACGUUCUACUAACAUGAGAAUGACGUCAUUCACUGAAAACAGUGAUCUCAAAGGUGGUAUUCAUGCCUCCUCAGCAACAUUACCGCAUUAUCCAACUCAGCCUGUUGUGCCCACUUACCCUCAUUGUUCCACAAUGCCUUUGCCUCAUGGCGCACACACCAGUGGAUCAAACAGCAAUUCAGCUGUCAAUGUAUCCGGUAACAAUGGUAUCAAUGGUGCCAUCACUGGUUCAUCCAGUAGUUGUGGAUCUGUUCCUCAGCAUUCCAUUCAACAAAAUGGACACGGUAUUCUUCCACCAAGCCAUACAACACUGCCAUCACAUCACAAUGGCAUGAGGCUUGUUCAUAAUCCUACAGCUAGUAAUUCAUUUGUGAAGAGAUAUCCACCCAAUCCUGUUCACGUGCAGGCACAACCAUGGAGUCUAUCCUCUGGGCAUCAUACCUUUCCUCAACCACUGCAGAAUAAAUUCUUCCCAGCCACUAAUGCUGGCAAUAGGGUGGCUGACAGAGACUCUGCUAAUUUCUCCAUGGCUAGUAGUGGAGACUCUGAUAUUUGCGUCCAACCCCAUUAAGGCUGUUAAGGAAUUUCCCUAAUUUUGUAAACUUUUGGAAUGGAUUGUUUUUUUGUUUUUCCGGGAAAGUUAGGGGGAAAUUCAAGGGAUUUAGUGAAGUUAGGAAGUUGUUUGGGGGAUUUUGGGCGAUGUGAGGGGGGGAGGAGGAAGAGGUAUUUGUGGACGUGCCGUCGCUUCGAUAGUUGUAUCCGUGCGGUUGUUAGGUAGUUGUUGGGAUUGGGUGCCAUAAUUCAAAGAAAAUAUAUGAAAAUUCAUCUGAUUGUGAAUUGAACAUCAAUUAAUAACGAUAGUGAGGAUGAUUAUGUGGAAUGCCAGAAGAUUGUAAAUUAAUUUCAAUGAACUACUCCACCGAUUCCCUUUUGCCAUGAAAAAAAUCUUAUGCUAGAGUAAAAAAACCCUUGACAAAGCUAUUCCGAGCUCUCCUUGAACGUAUUUACAUAUCAAAUAAACAAAAAUAUCUCUGAGAGCAAUAAUUAUGCUAUUAAACAGUGUUGAAUGCCAAUUCCGUUGCUAAACAUAUCCAUUAUGCGUAAAAGUAGAGAUAAAACGAGUGAGAAAAAUGAAAAUUCAUGUUAUAGGGCGCGUCCAGUGUGUAAAACGGAAAAUUAAAUCGACGGUAAAGGAACUUAAUUUCAACAAGUGAAUCAGCACAGUAAUUUGAUGUUUAUUCAAAUUGCAGUGACCGUCACCUAGAAAUAAAGGAAAAUGAUUGCAUAUACUUGCAUAUUCGUAACUAUAAAGAAAAACGUAUUUAGAAGAGGUGGAAAAAAAAAUGUAAUCUGCAAUUCUUCCCCCCUCCAAAAAAUGUUGUGAUUAUAAUUUUAUUUUUGACACAAAUUCAAUGAACUUGACGCAACGAGCAUUAAAGUAUCGGCAUUAGCACUCGAUAAUUAAAUUUCUAUCGAUGAUAAUUCAUUCUUUCGUUAUCGUUUAUUGAUAAGAAAAGAUGAAGUUAUGAAAAAGAUAUUUUCGAUCGUUUUCCCUGCAGUAUUCAGCAGUAAAUGAUUAUAAUGCUGAUAAAGAUUGAAUAAACGCACAUUACAAUGACACAAGACACGUACACAGACACAAAAUGAAUAGCUCUGUAUGCGGCACAGCAAUGAAAAUGCAAAGGGUAAUAUAUUUUUCCAUGAUCAGUGAAUAACUGAAAUGUCAGUAAUUAUGAUUCACGCGGAAAAAAAGAUAAACCAUAAGGUGAGAAUAAAAAAAAUCGUUAGCUAGUUUUUGUGCUCUUUAUCUUUAGGAACAUAUCGUGUACCUCGAGACAAAUCCAAAAGCAACAAUAACAAUGUGAAACAGUGCGAUGCUUCGUCGAAUUUAAUCGAUAAUAAUUAAUCAUUAAUCAACAUUAUCACAAUCCGGGAGUCAUUGAGGUCUCUUGCCUCGCCCUCUAUUUCACAAGCAGUUUUUCUCUGCUCGCCUUCAACGCCAUGAUUAAUGAAAUAAAAUGCAGAAAUAACAAUAAUUCAAUAACGAAAAUACCAAGUCGGUGAGGGUUCGUCGGAUUGGAUAUGAUAAAGAAGCAAUUUUUUUACAAAAA